UAGCUAGAGCCGAGCAGGUUCACAGACUGCAGGGACCGGGCGCCUUAGGAGCUGGGAGGCGGUGCCCUAGCACCCCAGCUAACUUCCCUACAGGCCUUGGCCUUAACAGGUAUUGGUGCCUGCCGUGGACGCAUUUAGACCCCGGCCUUUUCUCUCUGGAGACUUUGUGCCUAUGGUUGGGGACAGAGUGAGGUCGUUGCCUUGACGACGACAGCAUGCGGCCCGCGGUCCUCCUGAGUGUGAACUUGCGGUGGGUUGAGGCCAGUCGGCCUCCUUGCCUGCUUCACCUGGGACCCCUGACUGUGUCUGCGGAAGAAAUCGCGACAGCAGUAGAAUUGCUAGUUUGCUAGUCAGCAUCUUUUAGACCUGCGAACGAGAUGCAUUUCACCUCAAUUUUGUUUCCAAGUUGAAAACCUUUGGGUAUUUCCACGCCAAAGGAUUUAAAAGAAACACAAGAAAAAUUCCUACUGGUUUUUAAUUAAAAUGGAAAAAUAUGAGAACCUAGGAUUGGUUGGAGAAGGGAGCUAUGGAAUGGUGAUGAAGUGUAGGAAUAAAGAUAGUGGAAGAAUUGUGGCCAUUAAGAAGUUCUUAGAAAGUGAUGAUGACAAAAUGGUUAAAAAAAUUGCUACGCGAGAAAUCAAGUUACUAAAGCAACUGAGGCAUGAAAAUCUCGUGAAUCUGUUGGAAGUGUGUAAGAAAAAAAAGCGAUGGUACCUAGUCUUUGAAUUUGUUGACCAUACAGUUCUUGAUGACUUGGAGCUCUUUCCAAAUGGACUAGACUACCAGCUAGCUCAAAAGUAUUUGUUUCAGAUUAUCAAUGGCGUUGGAUUUUGUCACAGUCACAAUAUCAUACACAGAGAUAUAAAGCCAGAGAAUAUAUUAGUCUCCCAGUCUGGUGUUGUCAAGUUAUGUGAUUUUGGAUUUGCGCGGACACUGGCAGCUCCUGGGGAGGUUUAUACUGAUUAUGUGGCAACCCGAUGGUACAGAGCUCCAGAACUAUUGGUUGGUGAUGUCAAGUAUGGCAAGGCUGUUGAUGUGUGGGCCAUUGGCUGUCUGGUAACUGAAAUGCUCAUGGGGGAACCCCUUUUUCCUGGAGAUUCUGAUAUCGAUCAGCUAUAUCAUAUUAUGGUGUGUUUGGGUAAUCUCAUUCCAAGACAUCAGGAGCUGUUUUAUAAAAAUCCUGUGUUUGCUGGAGUAAGGUUGCCCGAAAUCAAAGAAACGGUUCCUCUUGAAAGACGCUAUCCCAGGCUCCCUGAAGUUGUGAUAGAUUUAGCAAAGAAAUGCUUACAUAUUGACCCAGACAAAAGGCCCUUCUGUGCUGAGCUCCUGCACCAUGAUUUCUUUCAUAUGGAUGGAUUUGCUGAGAGGUUUUCUCAGGAACUGCAGUUAAAAGUACAGAAAGAUGCGAGAAACAUUUCUUUAUCUAAAAAACCCCAGAACAGAAAGAAGGAAAAGGAAAAAGAUGAUUCCUUGGGUGAAGAGAGAAAAACACUUGUGGUACAGGAUACAAAUGCUGAUCCCAAAAUUAAGGAUUCUAAAGCAUUUAAAAUAAAAGGAUCAAAAAUGGAUGGAGAAAAAGUUGAAAAAGUCAGUCGAGCUUCAAAUGCCAGCUGUCUCAAUGACAAUGGGAUGAACCACAUCAAAACAGUGCCUUCAACAAGCCUCCGAGAUUGCAGCAAUGGCAGCAUGGGCCACACAAGAAAUCCAGGCAUGGCAAUUCCUCCACUUACGUACAACCUUUCUGCAGUGGCUCCCACUAUUAAUUCUGGAAUGGGAACUAUCUCCAGAGUUCAGAGUUACAGAGUGGAUGAGAAAACCAAGAAGUAUUGUAUUCCAUUUGUUAAACCAAAUAAACAUUCUCCAGCAGGAGUUUAUAAUAUUAAUGUGACCACAUCGGUUGCUAGUGAAAAGAGUCUACUUCAGGCAAAUAAGAAAAGAAGGGAAUACUCAAAGAGAGAUGUCCGUUUGCCUGAACUAAACUAUAAUCAUCUGCCUGAACUAAAAGCCUUGGAAGGCAUCGAUGCUGCCCUAGCACUUGAGAUGACAUCCUUGUGCAACAAAAGUGCUGAUAUCCUAGAAGCAGACAUUUGUGGUUUUGAGCCUUGACUUCUGAACUGCCUACAUUUUCUGAGAAAGGCCUUGCAGCAGAAGAAAAGACAAAGACAUCCAUGUGUUUCAAAGGAAGAUUGAACAACUGUCCCUUCCCAACUGUUAUCCCAUCACUUUUCAAGUCCACUGAUGCUAUUUCAAGAUGUAUCCAAUGAAAGAAUAGUGAUAGGGUUCUUGUUACAUGAAUGUGCAUUUAAUAUUAGUAGAUCGUGUAUUUAAAGUGAGUGAAAAAAAAAGGGAGAAAGAGAGAAGCAUUUAAAAGGUCAUGUUAUUUAUGCAUUGAAUCUUGUGUGUUAUUUGUAUAAAUGUGUACAUUUAUUUGGGAGUGGGUUUGGUGGUGGUAGGUGAUAAAAACUAGGAUCAGUUGAAGAAAAUGAAAAAAAACCUAGGAUCAGUAGGAGAAAAUGUUUCCUUUACCCUAACUUAACUAUAAAACACAUUUAAAAAUCUUGCUUGUUUCUAGGCUUUAAGGAGAAAUGUAACUGCUCUCUAUGGAUAGAUGUAUAUCUUUGGUUUCGGUGAUUAUUGUUGAUGUUUGAUCAGUGUUGUUGUGGGAAUCUUGCCUCUCUGCUGAUCUUCUAAGAACCACACUAAAGCAAAUGUCGCAAAGAAACCUUUUAUUUCUAAUGACCUAGUAUGACUCUGGCAUUGGAUAGUCCUCUGUUUUAUAAGAUUCUGGUGCUAAUGUUCUUGUGUGUAGGAAUGUGAUUGGAACAAGAGUGGUGAAGGAGAAUUUUGUACGUUUACCUUGGAGCUGCGUACUGUGCUUCUCAUUAAAAAAAAGAGGUAGACAUACAAAAUUUGGGGAUGGAAGCUGGGUUACCAAUUGACUAGGGCUGAUUACUCUUUUUCUGGGCCAGUUGCUGUGGAACUCCCCAACUGGAGAAGUUUUGGGGAGGGAAUAUCCGCUGUUAGGACUUCACUCUUGUCCCACUGAUAGUUUGAAGGUGAUAUCAGACAGAGCCUAGAGACGUUCCUGUCUCCUUGGGUCCUCCAAGGCCUUCCCCAAAGCUUUUCACAAGGUGCAAAAUCAUUUACCUACAGCCCACGCAUCUUUUCUAAUGCACUGGUCCACAACUUUUAGGUGGGAGAGUGAAACCAAUUGGACUGCAGGUUUUGGUUUCUGGGUUGUAAGUCGUGCUCUGCAUUCAUUAUCUUAGAGGAUGGUUGUUAAGGGGACCAGAACUUGUGUGGACUUUUUUUUUUGCCUUAACCAAUGAGCAAUAUGUUGUUUUUUCUAAAAGGCAUUGGCUAGAACUUAGCCCAAACAUUUAACUAGCACUUUUCUCUAUUACUCUAAGGAGCUUAAUAUUGAAAUUCUGACCUUAGACACUUGGGCUUUCAAAAGAGUAGGACAUUCCAGAGGAGGCAAAAUAAGGGGCUCCAAUGUAGAGUCUAUAGGUGGUUCAACUGAAAUUUGGUCUUGGUUUUGAAGCUCUAUCUUUACACUCUGACCAGGUGUUUGACUAGAUUGGUGUGGCUAACAUGCUGAACAAAAUUAGUGUAUAAGUAUUUGUAGGCUUCACAUUAAAAUAUUAUUAUUUUAUUUUUACUCUGAAAAAUAUUGUCAACAGACUCUAGCAUGGAAAGCAGAUAAUACUUAAAAGCCACGUGUUUCUCUAGCUUAUUUCAAUGUUAUUUUUAUUUAAAGAUCAGUGUGAAAAUAUCACCCCAGUGUCUGAGGGUCCAAGAUCAAUUACCUUCUCAUUUGCUUUUGGUAUUUUUUGUUUAUUAAAACAUUUUGUGAACUUUAGAAUUAAAGAACAAAAAGUUCUUCACUAUAAGUCCAACUUGAGACUUGAGGAUCAUAUCUGGUUAGAACCUUGGCAGAACUUGAAAAAGAAGAUUUUGCAAAUUGGGGCCAUAGACACUGAACCAAAAUAAUCCCUUUUUUCAGUUAAAGAUUACUUUACUUUGUCUCACCUACAAGGAUAUGAUUAAGCCACUUACUAAUAGAAAAUAUGUGUAUGUACUGGUGGGGGGAAGUGGGCUUGCUGUGUGUAUGUAUGUUUUAAAAUUAAUAAAUAUUAUAUCUUACUG